AAUAAAAUGAAUAAGGAUGGUAAAGGUGAAAUUGAUGUGGACAAUAUUAUCGAGAGGUUGCUCAGUGUAAGGGGAAGCAAGCCAGGGAAGAAUGUGAACCUUAGUGAGGCUGAAGUAAGAGGUCUUUGCAUCAAAGCCAGAGAUAUUUUCAUAUCCCAACCUAUUUUAUUGGAAUUGGAAGCUCCUUUGAAAAUAUGCGGUAUCCAUAUAUUCUAUUAAUUUAAUUUAGGUGAUGUACAUGGUCAAUACUUCGAUUUGUUGAGACUAUUUGAAUACGGAGGGUAUCCACCUGAAAGCAAUUAUUUAUUUUUGGGUGAUUAUGUAGAUCGAGGUUUGAAUUCGUGUUAAUGUUAGGCAAAUAAUCAUUGGAGACAAUUUGUUUAUUGUUGGCUUACAAAAUUAAGUAUCCUGAAAAUUUCUUUCUUUUGAGGGGUAAUCAUGAAUGUGCAUCAAUCAAUAGGAUCUAUGGAUUUUAUGAUGAAUGUAAACAUUUGAUCGAUUUAAUAGGCAAGAGAAGAUACACAAUCAAAUUAUGGAAAACAUUCACAGAUUGUUUUAAUUGUCUACCAGUAGCAGCAUUGAUAGAUGAAAAAAUCUUAUGUAUGCAUGGGGGAUUGUCUCCUGAACUUUCAAAUCUGGAACAAAUAAGAAGAAUUAUGAGACCAACCGAUGUGCCAGACACUGGAUUACUGUGUGACUUGUUAUGGUCAGAUCCAGACAAGGACGUCUAGGGGUGGGCAGACAAUGAGAGAGGUGUUUCCUACGUUUUCAGCCAGGAAAUAGUCCAAGUGUUCUUAAAAAAACAUGAAUUGGACUUAAUCUGCCGAGCUCAUUAAGUACCAAUAAUAAACUAAUUAGGUUGUGGAAGAUGGAUAUGAAUUCUUUUCCAAAAGAUAACUAGUCACCUUGUUUUCAGCACCAAACUAUUGCGGAGAAUUCGAUAAUGCGGGUACUAACAUAAUUCAAAACCAUAGGUUCCAUGAUGUCAAUUGAUGAAUCAUUAAUGUGUUCUUUCUAAAUCCUAAAGCCAGCUGAAUAAGGAUAGGGAGCUGCUUAAUAGCAUAAGACAGGCAAUGCCAAGUUCGUAAAUUGAUUUAUAUAUUUUGCAAGUUUUUCAUAUACACG